AUGGCGGCACGGUGGAUCUCGACCCUUGCCGGCGGGAGGGUUCUGUUUUCAGUUGUUCCUUGGCGUUUUGUUAGACUUCGUGUCCUGCUUAUGAAGAUGAGACGACGACGGCUCCCUGAAGAUGGAAUAAGGUUCUCCCCGCCUUGCCCCCUUUUGCCUGAUGCCAAGAUUGUCCCGGUUGCUCCCAUGUCUGAUCGUAGCGGCCAGCGGCAAUGCCGCCGAGGCGUCUCGGGCGACGUGGAGCUCGACGCGGCCAUGGCACUGGCCAACAUGGCCGGCGUUUCGGGGCCAGCAGCUCUUCCCGCCGUGCACCCGGCGGCGCCGCAGCAUGGAGGCAGCCGUGAGGAGGAGGAGGAGGAGCUGGCGAGCACGAGGCUGAGCCUGGAGCUGGGCAAGGUCGGCAUCCAGGCGUCGUGCUCCAGCAGCUCCAGCGCCGGGUGUCCCUCGCAGCAGGCGCGGGUGGCCGUGGCGGCUCCAGGUGGAGGCGGCUACGGCCCAAGGCCCCGGCAUACGCUCACCGAGGCUGAGAAGGAGGCAAAGCGGCUGCGGCGCGUGCUCGCGAACCGGGAGUCUGCGCGCCAAACCAUACUCCGCCGUCAGGCGAUCCGAGACGAACUGGCGAGGAAAGUUGCGGACUUGUCGUCACAAAACGAGAGCAUGAAGAAGGUUAUUGCGAAGACGGCAGAGAAGGCGCCGCCGCCGGUGCCGCUCCAUGAGACGACGAGCGGGGGCGCCAGCCAGGGUACCGGCGGAGGAACGGCCGAGGAGGACACCGACGACGACCCGUGCUCGCUCACGCUGGGGCUUGAUGUCGACAGGAAGUGUGCGACGAGCGCCGAGAGCGGCGGCAGCCGUGCUGUGGCGGGCGAGAGGGAGAGGGCGGUGAUGGCGGCGGAGGCGAGAAAGAGGAGGAAGGAGCUGACGAAGAUGAAGCAGACGCAUCUCGGCGGCCGUCCUGGAGACGAGUAGGUCUCUGGCGCCAUUGACGGGGGGUGACACUAUUGUUUUUUUUUUGUUUCUAGCUGGUCGUUUCAUUUUGGUUGUUAUAAGUUGUUUUAUCUGGUUUUGUUUGGCCUUUUGCUCGUCCAAAUGAUUUCAGUUUUCAAAUUAUUUUGUGGUGCAAUCUGUAUACAAAAGAUUAGUAGGUUUGAUGACGUGCAACAAGAGUCAUGUACU